UAAAAAGAAAGGGGAGAAAAUUAGAAAAAGAGUUUUUAUUAGUUGCAAGCAGCCGCUGACAUUAUAUUUUUUCACUCAAGAGAAUGAGUGAGCGUGUAAAAGUUCUAGACAAAUCUGUUAAGGACAAAAUCGAUGAUUGUCUUAAUAAUCUCAGGGAGAUGAAGGAGAUAGAGAUCCAACUGAAACAGUCUUGCGGGGUUGACCCUCCUUGUAUGACCACAUCAAACGCUUCUGCCAUCGACUCUUGGCUUGAAACAUGGAAGGAUUUUAAGGAGAUGGAUAUAGAAGUCUUCACUUGCUUAAUCAGCAACAGGGGUUCUGAAGAGUUUCGCAGAAUGAAAAUUGCACGCCGUUUUGCUGUAGUAAGUUUACUGAUGGAAAUCAGAGGGAUAGAACUUCCACCACAUGAUGAUGCUAAUAUUCCACAACUCGAAGCUUUUCAUGACGAACUCCUCCAGGACCAAGUAGACGUAUUGGAAGAACAUUUAUGUAAGAUUCGAGUGGAGCAUCGCCUCCUUGCUGACAAACUUCGAUCCAAAUUCGUAUAAUCCAACUUCAGUCUUUCAUUUUCUAAUUAAAAAAAUAAUGCCCCCUCGAGGCUCUGAUUUAUAAUGCUUUCCCUUAUUUUCAAAACAAGUGAAAACACU